CCAUUGUCCUUUGACCCGACUUCUGCACCGCUGCCAGCUGCGCGAAACCUCGUGGACGUCGUGGCGUUGUGCGCAGCAGCACUGCUUGUGUCCAGCUCGCCUGCUUGAUUCGAACGUGUUGGACUUAUCAAAUGACAUUGUCUGAGGGAGUGACGAGUAUAAAUAUCCCGCCAACAUGUCUCUCCGUGCCCCCACCCCCCUGCGAUCAACACCAUCUACUGCUCCUCUCGAGGCGAUGAUAGCGACCAAACAAGCCCAUAUUGAGGAGCUUGUUGCAGAACGACGUCCACUCGAGCAUACAAUCGGCAAGCUUCGCCAGUCACUCUGCGAAGAACAGGCGCGCGCAAAGGAUGCUAUCGCCAGUCUCGAGCUGCGGUGGAAGGAGGAGCGUGCCGAGUGGAGGGAGGGCUGCGACACGCUGCAGGCCGCCCACCGUAUCGCGCAUCUUCGAACCGCCGCCGACCUCGAUAGCGAGCGUUUGAGCAUCCUCAAGUCCCGCGAUGAAAUGAGGCGGGAGAGACUGGCCCGACUCCAGCGCGACUACCGACUAGUCGCCUUCCAGCGGAGGGAAUUCGAGCUCGAUAACCGCGUUUCCGAGCUCGAGUGGGCGUUGGAAGAUGUGAAGGCGAAUUACGAAGACGAUAUGGACGAGGUGAAAGAGGAUAUGGAGGAGAAGACCGCCGAGAUGGAAGCCAGACAUGCCAAGCUAACUCUUCAGCUACAGGAAGCUUCGGCGAAGUUGGCUGCCGCUCAGAAAGAGAUGCAGGACACCGAGAAAGCGAUAUCAAGGCUGCGUGCCGAACACACCACUGUUUUGGCCAAUAGAGACAGCGAAGCGACUUCCCUGGAGCGUGUCACGCUACAGUACGAGAGCCUGAAGACUGCGCAUGCCGAGCUCGAGGCGAAGUUCCGCGAAUCCGAGCACACGCGCGAAGAUUUGCGGCGGCAGGUUGACAAAUGGCGUAACCUCGAGAACCGUGAAGGUGCAGAGAUGGACGCACUGCGUCGGAGCCGCAUCGAGUUGGAGGUGCGCGUGCGAGAGCUGGAGUCUCGGCUGAAGGAAGCCGAGGCUGCCGUUGAGGAGAACAGAGCAGCAGUUGAUAAAGCGAAGGGUAAGACGGAAAAGUACAGGGCUGCACUCGAGGAACACAAGAAAACGAUCAACGACGCUUAUGAAGAACACGGCCGACUUGAAACAGAGUUGAGAGGAAUGAACUCACAACUCGAGGAUGCAAAGCGGCAGAUCGAGACCCUCGAGCUACGAUUGAGCGCGCAGAGGGCUAAGGCCGACGCUGCGACUGCAGAUACUCAAACUGCAGCUCGGUCAGGUGGGAAGCAGUCUAAGGGUAAGAAGAAAGCUUUUUCUCUCAGCGGAGAGUCAGAUUUCGAAAUGGAGAUCGAGGAAGUUUCCAUUCAGCAACCGCCUCCGCAAGCAGCCCCAUCAUUUGUUAAGGGACCAAAUGGUCAUCCGAAGCCGAGACCGGCGUAUAGGUCUCCUCAUCAGACGGUCCACACACAUGAUGGGUACGACGAGGAAGUUCAGGAAGUAGAGAGUACUCAGAGGUCGCAGAAGCAGAGAAGGGAGAACCGUCCAGCACCGCAGGCCUCUUCGUCUUCUAUUAAGGAAUCAAACGGUCGCCCUAGGCCGAGACCUGCGUACAAGUCUUCGCAAACUGUGGCGGAGACACACGCCGAGGAUGAUGAGAUAGAAGAGGUGGAGAGUCCGCAGACCACUCAGACACAGACAAAGGGGGCCGCCGACAAGUCCGGUCGACGCCGGAGUCCUAAUCACUACCAAGGCGACAAAGCAGGCGAACGCCACAGUCCCAGCCAUCAAGGCGGUCGCAAGCGGGGACGUCCAAAGAAGAAGCAGGAAGUGACGGUUGAGGACGAUGACGAUGGGGUGGAGAUCGUGGAGGAGAAGAGCACGCCGGCCAAGAAGGGCAAGCGCAAGGCGGGUCCUCCUGCGGAUGAAGAGGCAAGCGACAAGCAAGCAUUGCCGAGGAAGCGAAGCAAGAAAAAGAAGAUGCAGAGCUUGGUGGACGAUGAAGCUAGCGAGGGCGAGUCAACACAGAAGCAGCGAGGCAAGAAGAAGGCGAGGAAGGAUGAGGACGACGGCGAGGAGGAGGGUUUGUCUAGCAGACCGGUAUCGAGAGCUAGCAAGGUUUCCGGCAACCUUUCACACAAAGGAAACAGUAACCUAUCUUCCAUUAGGGAGGCUGAUCAUGGCGCGUCGGAUUCGGAUGGCAUCGUGGACAAAGAGGCCGCAAAGCCAAAGAAGAAGCGCAAGCUCGGUAUUUUUGGCUCUGCACGACCACAAUCCUUCGAGUGGAAUACUCUUGUUGGGACUGGGUCAACACUGGACAUACCUAUCAAUCUGUCACCAAUAAAGGAGAAUAGCUCGCGCACCCCGCGUGAGUUCCUGGGGCGGGCAAGUCUAGCGUUCGGGAGCAUUGCGAGUUUUGGGAGUCGGCGAUGAGGAACACAUGCGAUCUUUACGGUGAUAUAUGCUGAACAAUGCUUCUUGUAUGACACACAUUUUAGGAGCUACAUCUAUUCAUGCAGAGUAGGAACUCUUGAUUUGUCUUGUACCCAUCGCUCUCUUGCUUAACAGUCUAUGUGUCAAAGUUACCCCAGGUUCAACGGAGACUGUGCCAUCAUUUCAAGGCUGCAUGGCGUUUGCAGGUUCCGCGUAAUUGACUGGUGAUGCUUGAAGUUCCCUUCGCUAUUGUUGUUGUGCAAAGUCAAGUCUUAAAAUCAGUGGGUUUCGUGCACCGCUCCACUUCAGUCUUUAUGGUUUAAAGGCGUGCAUCUGAGCAUGCACACAACGCCGC